AUGAUGAUUAUUGGAAGAAAAAUUUCACGUAAAAAUAAUCAACAAAUACAUAAUCUUCUCUAUGAUAGAUCAAAAUUGGAAACUGUCAGCGAAACUUCAGCUAUUCUUAAUGAAUUUGCUAUUGUAGCUCUUAUCGAAUUUUCAAUCGACUCAUAUCCAGACAUUCCUUUUCGAGAUGGUGUACUUACAGUUUAUUUUAUUGUAUCAUGUCUCUUAGUUAGUAUUCAUUUAUUGGCUUUACUUAUGUCAGUAUGUAUUUCACCUGAAAUAACAAGCGUUUUAUGUCAAAAAGUUUAUUGGAUAAAUAAUAAAAAUGAAGAACUAUUAUCAACAGUCACUAUUUAUAUUGAAAUAGCAUGA